AUGGAAAUGUCUCACCGUCAGCUUAUGGAAAUUGAAUAUAGCAGCGUCGAUCGAUACCGUCGACUAUGCGUGAUCAAUCGUGGGGGUUUUGGCGUCGUCUACAAAGCAAUCGAUACUGAGACUGGAGAAACAGUAGCGAUGAAGCACGAAUUGGGAGGGUUGUCGAAGACAUCUAUUGGAGAAAUUCGUAUUCUUGAGUUUCUUCGUGGUCAUCCUUCUUUCGUCGAACUAAAGGGAAUCGCCAGAGAUGGGAAGGAUGGACUUUAUAUGGUAAUGGAGUUCGUAGAAAAUAAUCUUAAAACGCACACGGCAUCUAUGACAAGGCCAAUAUCUACUUGCGAAGUAAAAGAUUUGAUGCAGCAGUUGUUGGUAGGCGUGAAAUUUCUUCACGACAAUGGGAUGAUGCAUCGGGACCUCAAACCUUCAAAUAUUCUGGUGUCGAAAGAAGGCUUGCUGAAAAUAUGCGACUUUGGGCUUUCGCGAGUCUAUAAUUAUAAGAAUGGAAUGCACUCACUGGGUGUCGGGACUUUAUACUACACAGCACCGGAGAUGAUUCUCGGGCUAGAAAAUUAUACGUGCGCAAUAGACAUGUGGUCUGUGGGAUGCAUAAUGGCCGAACUUUUUUUGAAUCAAGUCAUAUUUAAAGGUGCAUCGGAAGCUAAGCAGCUGAACGAAAUCUUUAAUAUUCUUGGGACGGAAAAUUUCAGUAUACCGGGCAUAUAUAUCAAAUUUGACAAACCACGUAGAAGUUUUUUGAAGUUGAAGAUUGCUGCCGGGAGUCCGAUUGGGGGGCCGAUUCUGACGGAGCUUGGAUUGGAUCUUUUAUACAAGUUUUUUAGUUACAAUCCGACGGAGAGAAUAACAGCAGGAGAUGCGCUAAAUCACGAAUGGUUCCGAGAAAAUUGA